AUGCAUCUUCUAAUAUUACUCCUGAGCAUUCCUUGCAAACUCCCGUGCUCUGGUUGGCUUCUAUGUAAAAUAAAGAUUUUAUCAUUAAAUUAUUAUAAUUUUAUAAUUAUUUACAAUAAAUGCUUAAUUAGAAAAAUUUACUCGAUAAAAAGAUUACCAAAAGCAAAUCAAAAUCCACUUGAAAAGCUAUUAAGUUCAGAUCCAGAUAGUGCCCGAAAAAAGUUGAAAGAGUUUGGGUGCACUUUUAAUCGUUCGGAUUUUGAAUUGAACAAAAAUGACAGAAUCAAUGCUGUUGAAAAUAAUGAAAUUGCAUACUUCUUUAAAUAUUUUUUUAUUUUUAUGGCGUAAUCUAAGGAAUAUGAGUUCGCUAAAGCUUGGUUUUCUUAAAAACAGAAAGCUAAAAUUUUAAAGCAAUGAUUAAAUAUAUUAAUAAAAUAUAUUUUUUAGGGGAGGCACAAAAAAAUUAGUUAGAGUAAAUUUAGCCAAUUUUUCAAAGUCUGAGCAACAGUUAGACAUUCUUGAAAACAAUGUUAGUCUUCCUCAUUGCAUUUCUAUGUGUCUCCUUCCUGAUAAAUCUAUAUUUUGCUAUGGUAAUGAUCCUGCAUCUGGAACAGCAUUUAUAUUGUAUCCAACUAAUAAUAUUAAGCAGCUUUCAGAUGGAGAUCCGUCAGGAAAUAUGGGUGCUGCGUAUCAUGAUGGCUUUAUAUAUUUAUUUGGAGGAUUAGAUGCUUCAGGUCAAGCAUGGAAUAAAGCAGCAAAAUAUGAGUUAUCAACUGAUAAGUGGUAUAAUCUGAAAAGCAAUUCGCUGCAUGCUCUCGGCAUAAAAUUUUUCAUAUUGAUUAAAGUAUUAUAUAGGCAAAACCCUACAACUCUGAAUUGAUCAAGAUUCUAAAAUAAUGGAAAAAAAGUUAAGUAGAGAAUAUAAAAUCAGUCCUCUGAAGGAAGCUCUGUAUUUGAUUUCAUGUAUUGCAGGAAAUUAUGAAAUUGCAUUUGUUGGGUAUCAAAGUAGCAAAAUAUAUUUAUAUUAUCAUAAGCAAGAUACUUAUAAUGAAAUUCAUCUCAACUUUGCAGCUAAUACUCUAAAAGUUUUGCUCCAGGCAGAAAAUAGAGUAUUUUUAAUUGAAUCCUCAAAAUAUAUAUAUGAAAGUGAGCUGUAUCAACUAACUCCUUCCUUCCGUGAGCGGAAAAAACCCCCAUUUUUUGCUCGAUAAUCCACACUCCCUGAGCGAGCAAAAAAUUUGUUUAUGGAAAAAAAAAUUGAUAUAAAAUGAUAACAGUACUAAUUCUGUUUAAUUUUAAACAAAUUACGUUUUAAAACAUAAAAUUACGAAUUAAAUUAAUGUUUGCCUUCCAAUUUUUGAGAAGUUAGAUUUUUUUUAAAUUUCAAAAAAAAAUUUAACCGCUUCCGUAAGCGAACAAGUUUGUUUUUAAACUCACAGAAGGGGGAGUGAGCAAUUGGAAAACUAUAGGAGUAUCGCAGAUUAGCUGCCAUUGCAGAAUAGCAUACCAAUUUUAUUGCAAUCAACUUAACUUAUACAUUAAUAGGCGUCUGCCGUAUUGUUAACGCAGUCACCAAGGACCUCGGUUUCUUGAGGUUCACCUGCUUUCCUAUAUAGUCCCAACUGGCCAUGAAGAUCAGCCAAGGGGGCAUAUACCUCCUCCUCUCCCCAAUUUCCUGCGGCUUAAGUGCUGAGUGGGCGGGCUAUGGAUUUCUGCGGCUGCUGCUUGGGUUGACAAGAGUUGGCUUCGAGAAAUUCCAAAAAAUGGAAUUUCUGUUCACCUGUCGGCAAGAAGGGAAUUCCUAAGUCCUGGGACGUAACGCCCAGUUUCACGCUAGGUAAUUGCCCGAUUGGUCUAGGCAUCUCCUGUAGACUUUGCUGGGCUUACCCUUUCCAAGCCUAGGCUCCCUUUUCCCUCGAGGAUAAAAUCCAUUCUGGUGUUUGAGCAUGAGCCAUGCUCUGCAGAAUUGCUUACCAUGGUAUUGUUGCCCAUUUCCGGAAAGGCAAAACCUUGCCGGAUAUAAUUAAAAUAUGUGUCGAGUAUGCAUGGCCGAGAGGCCAUACCCAGACGAAGACGCCAUAUUUUAAUUAUAUAAUUUAUUGCAAUCAAAGUUGCUAUUUCAUGGACAGGGAUUGUAAAAUAUAUAAAUUUGAUAUAAAAAGCUUACAAUUAACGAUGAAGAAGGUAUAA